UUCGCCUUCGGGGUUCCUCUUCCAUCUCGACCACCACCAAACUCUUCUUCUUCUCAAGGGCAACGUUAGAAAGAAGGGGAGGAGAGAGAGAGAGAGAGAGAGAGGAGGAGCGAUGGCGUCCACUCUCGCUUCGAAACCCUUUGUGGAGGGCCCCCGAGCCGACGGCGUCACCGGCCUCGGUUUCCGGCCUUCUGAUCUCCGCGGGCUGUCCGUCCAGGUCGCGAUCCGACGGCGGAGCUGCCCUCCUCGAACGCUAGAGGUGCGGGCAACUGGAAAUGUAUUUGGAAAUUACUUUAAAGUGGCAACUUAUGGAGAAUCUCAUGGUGGUGGUGUUGGAUGUAUCAUCAGUGGAUGCCCACCAAGAAUUCCUUUUUCCGAAGCUGAUAUGCAAGUAGAACUUGAUAGAAGGAGGCCAGGUCAAAGUAGAAUAACUACGCCAAGGAAGGAGACUGAUACGUGUCAAAUUUUUUCAGGAAUCUCAGAAGGAAUGACUACUGGAACUCCAAUCCAUGUUUUUGUACCAAAUACAGAUCAGAGAGGACAUGAUUACAGUGAAAUGUCACUAGCAUAUAGGCCUUCUCAUGCAGAUGCAACAUAUGAUUUUAAAUAUGGUUUAAGAUCGGUGCAGGGGGGUGGCAGAUCAUCAGCAAGAGAAACAAUUGGGAGAGUUGCUGCUGGAGCUGUUGCAAAAAAGAUUCUGAAAAUGAAAGCUGGAACUGAGAUUCUGGCAUAUGUUUCUCAAGUGCAUAAAGUUGUACUUCCCGAAGGGGUAGUUGAUAAUGACACUGUGACCUCUAAGCAGAUAGAGAGCAACAUAGUUAGGUGUCCAGAUCCAGAAUAUGCUCAGAAGAUGAUUGAUGCCAUUGAUGCUAUACGAGUGAAAGGGGACUCCGUUGGUGGUGUUGUGACCUGCAUUGCAAGAAAUGUUCCACGUGGGCUAGGAUGUCCAGUCUUUGAUAAGCUUGAAGCUGAUUUGGCAAAGGCUGUACUGUCUCUGCCAGCAACCAAGGGAUUUGAGUUCGGCAGUGGAUUUGCAGGUACUUUUUUGACUGGAAGUGAGCAUAAUGAUGAGUUCUAUACAGACGAGAAUGGAAACAUACGAACAAGAACAAAUCGAUCAGGCGGUAUACAGGGAGGGAUAUCCAAUGGAGAAACCAUCUACAUGAGAAUAGCUUUUAAACCGACCUCUACUAUUGGGAAAAAACAGAAUACAGUAACCAGAGAUCGAGAGGAGACUGAACUUAUAGCAAGGGGUCGCCAUGAUCCCUGUGUGGUCCCUAGAGCUGUUCCGAUGGUGGAAGCAAUGGCAGCUUUGGUGCUAUUGGAUCAACUGAUGGCACACCUAGCUCAAUGCGAGAUGUUUCCAGUGAACCCGGUCCUCCAGCAGCCAGUUAGUCCACCCAUCAACGGACCCUUGUUGACAUCAAAACUUGCACAAUAAUUUAUUUUCUCAGAGAACAAUUUUCUUUUUAUUUCCUCUUUCUUUGCAACAACAGAGCUAAUGGGACUCCUCAUGCGGCAACUGGUUUGGUGUUUGAUCAUUAUUCAUCGUAUUACUGCAUGUACUAUGUGGAUCAAGACAAUUGUUGCUGGUUUUCGUGAUUGGCUGUGAUUCUGUAAUGCUAUUAGGCACGUAGUGGUUGAAUAAACAUGAGUUUAUGCAGUGAGCGUGAUUGAUCUGGGACUUCGAAGGCAUCUGUUACAUUCGAUCUGUCAAGAUUAUCCAUGUUAUUGUA